AUGGAAAAUUUAUUAGUGCUUCAAGAAAAUAAUUAUUCUAUCUUACAAAAAACUAUAUCUAAUUUUAAGAAAACACCGAAGCCAAGAUUAAAUAAAAGUUACUUGAAAGUGAGAUUAGAAAGUUUAGAGAAACAUUGGGAUAUCUUUGAUGAGACACAUAGAAAUAUAGUAAAGACAUCUACAUUAGAACAAAGAAAGAAGCAUGAAUAUUUUGAAAAGGAUUUAUUUUCGAAAUGCGAAGAAGAGUAUUUGUUUUGCAAAGCAGAUAUCACAGAGAUGUUAGAAAGUUUUGAGUCAUCAAAUAUAGUCCAGGAGCCAUGUACAAAAUAUGUAAAUCAAGACAAUAACAACAUUAAUAUUGAGAAUUGGGAUCCAUUAAUAAUACAUAUAAUUAGUAAUAAAUUAGACUCGGAGUCUCAAAAAACAUGGGAAGAAGAAUUGCAAACAAUACCUGUUGAAGAAUUACCUACGUUAGAAAAAUUUAAGAAAUAUUUAGAAGGAAGAUUUAGAGUAACAGAAAUGAUUCAAACAUCUUAUAUGAAAGAGAGAACUCAAAUUAAACCAAAAUCGUUUGCUACAAUAACUAGUAAUGCUGUAAAAAGAAAUACAGAGUAUAGAAGUAGAAAUACAGAAUGUGGAAAGUGUAAAGAGAAUCACGACAUAUUUUCAUGCAAAGAGUUUAUUAAGCUAGAUCCAGUUAUGAGAACAGAGUACAUUAAAAAGGAGAGAUUAUGCUUUAAUUGUUUGCGUCCUGGUCAUAGUGUAAAAUUUUGUAGAUAUAGAAUGAGAUGCGAUAUCUGUAAUAGAAAGCACCACACGUUGAUACAUAUAACUAAACCAAAUUUAGAGACUAUUAAUAAUGAGACUGAAGAGAUUAGAACACCAGAUAAUCAAACAAUGAGUCAACACAAUAUUCUUUCACAUGUGUCAAUACGAGGCCGUGUGUCAUUACUUGCUACUGCUUUGGUGAAUUUAGAAACGAGCAGAGGGCCACAGAUUGUACGAGCUUUAAUAGACCCUUGCUCAGAAGAAUCAUUUAUAAGUGAAGCAGUUGUAAAGAGAUUACAAUUGAAAUGUAAAGAUGUAGAAGGUCAGGUAUCAGCAGUUGGACAGAUGUCUACCCCGUUCAAGCACGCGGCGGAGAUUGAGUUGUCCUCUAGAAUGAAUAAAAAUUAUAAAUUAAAGUGUACUGCUUAUGUAAUUAAGCAUGUUACAGAUAUCAUGCCCGCUACAAGAAUAAAUUAUGAGCAUUGGACACAUUUCAGUGGCAUCGAGUUAGCAGAUCCAACUUACCAUACACCUGGAAAUGUAGACCUUUUAUUGGGUGUUCAUGUCUACACAGAUAUUUUGAUGAGUGGAGUUUUAAAGAGAAAGCAAGGAGAACCAAUCGCCCAACAAACUUACUUAGGGUGGAUAAUAUCUGGCGGCGAAGCUGUUGAGAGAUUACCAAAUAAGGGCCAAAUUAUUAGUAUGCAUUUGAGUGUAACGUUAGAUAAUAUGCUACAGAGAUUUUGGGAAUGUGAGUCACUAGAGUCUGAGAAUAAAAAUACACUUACCUCCCAAGAAGCUAGAGCAGAAGAAAUAUAUGAGAAAACAGUCAUGAGAGAUGAACAAGGACGAUAUGUAGUCAGCUUACCAUUUGUGAGAGACAAUCCAAUCUUACCUGAAAAUUCUAGAGAAAUAGCAAUGAGAAGAUUAAGAGGUUUAGAGAGAAGAUUGGCUGGAAAUGAAAACUUAAAACGAGAGUAUGAUAAUGUGUUAAAAGAGUAUAUAACAUUAAACCAUAUGGAAUUAGUAAAAGAUGAGAGAGAGAAAGAUACAGUCUACUUACCGCAUCACGCAGUUUUCAGAGAUGAUAAAACAACAUCGAAAGUACGUGUCGUAUUCGAUGCUUCGUGUCGAGGUACAAACGGAGUAUCACUUAACGAUGGGCUUUUGAUUGGACCUAAUUUACAAGAAGAGUUAAGAGAUAUUAUCCUAAGAUGGAGAACACAUAAAAUAGUUUUUGUGGCAGAUAUUAUUAAAAUGUAUCGCCAGAUAAAAAUACAAGAGAGAGACACAAAAUAUCAGAGAAUAUUAUAUAGAUUUAAUCAAAAUAAUGAAAUACAAACCUAUAAAUUACUGACAGUUACCUUUGGCAUGGCUUCAGCACCUUACCUUGCAAUAAAAACCAUGAGACAGCUUGCUAAAGAUGAAAAUACACAGUAUCCUGUUGCCUCGAAAAUUGUGAAUUCAGACUUUUAUAUGGACGAUGUAUUAACUGGUUUUGAUAAUGUGUGCGAUGCGAUAAAUGCACAAAAAGAGUUAGCAGAAAUGUUAUUGAAAGGAAAAUUUGAAUUACAAAAAAUAUCUUCAAAUAGUCAAGAAUUUAUGAAUUCAAUAGAUCCUGAGAAAAGAGUGAAUAGUAUUGUAUUAGAUAUAAAUCAUAAAGAGACUGUGAAGACUUUGGGUAUUAUGUGGGAGACAAAUGAGGACAGUUUAAAAAUAGCACCUACUUAUAUGAAAAGCGAAAAUACUAAUUUACUUACUAAGAGAAAUAUAUUGCGCCAGAUAGCUUCUUUAUUCGAUCCUAUGGGUUGGUUAUCACCUGCCAUAAUUAAAGCAAAGAUAUUUAUGCAAAAGCUCUGGCUAAAUCAAGUAGAUUGGGAUGAAGAACUGUCGAAUGAUCUGAAAGAAGAAUGGAAUAAAUAUAAAAAUGAUUUACCUGUACUGUCCGAAAUCAAGAUUCCUAGAUGGAAUGGAAGUACUAUUGAUGUGGAAGUGGAGUUACAUGGAUUUGCAGACGCCUCGCAAUCAGCAUAUGCAGCCGUAGUUUAUACUAGAGUAUUGAGUAAUAAUAAAAAUCCCUGCCAAACAACGUUGAUUAUGGCAAGAACUAAAGUUGCGCCUGUAAAACAAAUAUCUUUACCGCGCUUGGAACUAUGUGCAGCAGCAUUGUUAAGUAAAUUACUUAAACAUGUUAUGAGAAUACUUUCCAUUGAUACCAGUAAAACAUUUGCUUGGUCUGACUGCAAAGUAACAUUGGCCUGGAUAAAUGGCGACCCAAAUAAAUGGACACCAUUUGUUAAAAAUAGAGUUAUAGAAAUUAGAAACAAUUUGAAUAUUCAGUGGUUGUACAUUAAUACAAAAGAGAACCCCGCUGAUCCAGCAUCACGAGGAUUAUUACCCAGUGUACUAAAAGAGAGUCAUUUAUGGUGGCAAGGUCCAGAAUUUCUGCAAAUGUCUAAUUUUAUGUUACCAAAAGAUAUAAUUCCUGAAACAGAGUUGGAAAAAAGAGUUCAGAUUAAAUGUAAUACGACAGUUAUAAAAACUAAAGAUGAUGAAUUUAAACUUACCUUAUUGAAUAGAUUUUCGUCACUGAAGAAACUAUUGAACGUUGUUGCCUUUUGUAGAAGAUGGAUGAAAAAUGUAAAAAGAGAAAAUAUUAAACAUAAAAGCAUAGAUUGUGAAGAAAGAGAUAAGGCACUUACCGUUUGUGUUAAAAUAGCUCAGCAAAUAGACUUUACAGAUGAAAUAGAAACCCUGAAAAAGAAGAAAAUUAUUAAAAGAUGUAGUCGAUUAUUACCAUUAUGUCCUUACCUUGAUGAGAAUGAUGUUCUGAGAGUUGGUGGCCGUUUAAAGCAUGCAGAGCUGAAAUAUGAAAGAAAACAUCCUGUCAUACUUACCAGAGAUAAUCGACUUAUACCACUUCUGUUGAAUGAUGCACACAAAGAGACGCUGCAUGGAGGUCCUCGAUUAAUGACUUCAUACCUGCAAAAUAAUUAUUGGAUUAUAAAUGGCGGUCAAAGAAUAAAGAGAUUUUAUAGACAGUGCAAAAAAUGUGCUAUAUAUAAUGCUACUACUAGUAAUCAAUUAAUGGGAAACUUACCUGACGUUAGAGUGAAUCCAUCUCGCCCAUUUUCAAUAAGUGGAGUCGAUUAUGCUGGUCCUAUACUAUGUCGAAUGAGCAAAGGACGAGGAGCUAAAGCUUAUAAAUCAUAUAUAUGCCUAUUUAUUUGCAUGGCAACAAAAGCCAUACACCUUGAGUUAGUCAGUGACAUGACAACAGAAGCAUUUAUUUCGUCAUUUAAAAGAUUCGUUGCACGAAGAGGUCGAUGUUAUGAGCUGUGGAGUGAUCACGGAACUACAUUUAUAUCAGCAGAGAAAACCCUAUUUGAGAUGUGGAAACAGGGUAGAAAUGAACUUCCUGAAGAAUUGAGAAUUUUGUUGGAUGAUAGAGGCACUGUUUGGAAAUAUAUACCACCUGGCGCUCCUAACUUUGGAGGCUUAUGGGAAGCCGGGGUGAAAUCUGUGAAGUAUCACCUUAAGCGUAUACUAGGAGAUACUACGCUUACUUUUGAGGAGUUAUACACAGUCUUGACUCAAGUAGAGGCUUGUCUUAAUUCGCGUCCACUAACAGCACUUAAUGAUGAUUACGAGUAUCUGACACCCGGACAUUUCCUUGUUGGAGAGCCUACUAUAACUUUACCAGACAGAAACUAUGAAAAGGUAAAUGUAUCCAAUUUAACGAGAUGGCAAUUGACGCAGAAAAUGGUGCGUGAUUUUUGGUCAAGAUGGCAAACUGAAUAUUUGUCUCGAUUACAGCAACGUCCGAAAUGGAUGAGAGUUCAAAAAGAUUUCGAGAUUGGAGAUAUGGUCUUAAUAAAAGACUCAAGAGCGUCUCCAUCCAGUUGGCGCCUUGGUCGAAUACAAAAGAAGUAUCCGAGUUCCGAUGGCCUAACUAGAGUUUACGAUGUUCGUACAGCCACAGGUGUUAUGCAGCGUUCGGUGUCUAAACUUUGUAGACUUCCUGAUUUCAACUGA